UCCUCGUUCACAGCCGGCGAAGUAACUUUAGCAUACUUGACUAGAAACUGGUUUUGCUGGGCAUUGACGAAACUUUGUUCUGUAUGGCAAGUCGUUCCCGUAACAAAAUCUCAGCCUGGUAUACCAUGUCGUCAACACACAGGAGUUAAGGAUCUAGCCUAGCCUACAGUAGCCUACCUAGUGAGGUACGAGAAAUAACAGUCAUCUCAACUGCUGGUGGGAUCAUGGCUCACAGGUCCCAGUGCUCAUCUGCUGGGGAUAACCCCCUGGACCCAAACUACCUACCCCCUCAUUAUCGUGAGGAAUACCGUCUGGCUAUUGAUUCCCUUGUGGAACAUGACCUGGAAGGCUACUAUGAGUUCUUACAAUCAUCGAAUGUUGUGGAUUUCCUCUCCAGGCCCGAAAUUGAGCAAAUUCAAAGUACUGUACAGGGCCCUCGUCACAUGGAUAAACCUGGUGCGGCGGGUCAAGGGAACGUGGAGUCAGAGGGGUCAUCGGAUACCUAUUGGCCUACACAUUCGGAUUUGGAUGCCCCCAGCCUGGACCUGGGGUGGCCCGAGCAGCUGCACCUUGUGGGCCCAACGGAGAUCAUCACAUUCGUGAACCCGCCAGACCCCGCCAUGCCCAGCAUCAAGACCCAGGCUCGCAGGCUCAUCAAAGACGCCCAGCUUGUUAUUGCUGUGGCGAUGGACAUUUUUACAGAUGUUGAUAUCUUUGCGGAUCUCCUGGAGGCAACUAAGCGCAAUGUGGCUGUUUACAUUUUGCUUGAUCAGCAAAAUGCCCACCUCUUUACAGCCAUGGUGGCCAACUGCAGGGUUAGUCUGGAUCAAAUCAAAUGUAUGCGUGUUAGAACUGUGGCUGGACAGAACUACUACUGCCGUACAGGGAAAUCUCUCAAAGGACAGAUGAUGAAUCGUUUCUUGCUAAUUGACAGCAGGGCUGUUUUAGGUGGUAACUAUAGCUUUAUGUGGACAUAUGAGAAACUCCAUCGUUGUUUAGCCCAUCUAUUCCUGGGCCAGCUUGUGGUCACAUUUGAUGAAGAAUUCCGCAUUCUAUAUGCACAGUCUGAGCCACUUGAAGUUGAGGGUGCUGUUGUCCCCAUACAGAAAUAUAGCUCUAUGCCAGAGCUGCAAAAAACACACAAGGUGUAUCUCAGGAAACCCAAGGAAUAUUUAUCAGAGCAGUGCAUGUACAAUCCAGAAUGGACGGGACAGCCUUAUGAAAGCUCCAUGGAUAUGGAUCCUAAAAUGUUUCCUCUAAGGAGGGGGGAAUCUGCCCAAAUGUUGUUACCACCUCAGGCUAACAUGCACCCCUCUCAGCAAUACCGGAUGGACAGGCCUGGUGCUUUUGGAAGUAACAUGUUUAGAAGAUCGAGCUGUGGGGAAGGGACCCCUGGUGGCUACUAUCAGCAGUACCUGAUGCACAAGAACAAACAGAAAAUGGAUGCCAUGGAGACGCAGAGCACCCAUUCACACAAGGACCAGUAUCAAUACGAGAGGACCGGCCGAGAGCCUGUUUUUGACCCCUCUGACAAAUUUAAGGCCCAGGGAUAUCAGCACUCGGACCAAUAUUCGGAGCCUGGAGGCCAACCCUCAAUGGAUCAAGUGGACAGCUAUGACCACGUGCUUAAAUUUUUACAGUCUAAUCCCACGGGGGAGACAGAGCAGGGAUCUGAGAACUUCAUGGUGCCAGAGGGUCCUUACGGUAUGUCAGGCCGAAGGAAACAGCGUUUCAAUCAGCCGUAUACCUGUCAGGCCUCUCCUACACAGCUUAGCCCUCAUGAACAGACAGCAUUCCUCAUGGAGCCUGCUCCUGAACGCAAGCCCCGAGAUGCCGCUGUGAAGAAGGGAAUGCGAGACUGGAGAAUCCAUUCAUAUCUCAGUGCUUAUGAUGACGCCGCUUCAGAGGGCACUCCACCACUUGCAGGGUCAGACAUAGGAGACGAUUCCCCUUUCUCUUCACAAGAACGACUGUGUGAUCUGGACCCAUUAGCCCCUAGAGUAGGCAAUAGAGAACUGCCUAAGAUGCCAUCAGCUGUCCUUUCUUCACGGCAAAAGAAACCUUUUCAGCAGGACAGUAUGAAAAAUCGUUCAGAAUCAUCAUGCACCACAGAGAGUGAAAGGGUCGAUGAUGGGGCAGACAAGCCACCAACGGAAAUGGAUGGAACAAAGGAUGAACCGUUCCGUAGGAGACCAAACCCAACUCUUCAAAGGGCAUCGAGACUGAGAAACUCAUUACUCUUCAGUUCAAAUGUAGAGCAGCAUAGGUCUCUUUUCGAUAUGGCAAAAUCAACAGAGCCAAAAGAGGACAUUACCAAGGUUGAAGAUAAAAGUUUAGAGAAGAACCUUUUGAAAAAACAAUCCACUAUAGCUAUGGGAGAGGAACUAAAGCCAGUUGAGCUCCCCUCUAGUGAUCUGCAGCGAUCAUCAUCAUUCAUUAUGGAUAUGAAUGACCCUGACACUAGGCUGCAGUUUUUCCAACAGUUAGCUGCACAACGCAAAGCUGAAGCAGUGGCCAAGUCUAUGGAAGACAUCUCAAAGAAACCAUCUGACCAACAGUCUGAUAAAGUAUCAAGUGGUGCCUCUGAUAGAGGCCGCAGUGUUGCAGAGCAGAAGCAAAACGUAGACGUCUCACAUGUGACAGAUAAACCUGCAAAAGUGGAAUCACAAUCCUCUAAAGAAGCCAAAGACAAGGUUCCUAUUAUAACAGUGCACGUGUCAGAUUCAGAUACAAAGUUAGUAGAAAGUUUGAGUCCCACAGAAAAUGUCCCACCAGGCCAGACUCACGGCAUACUGUCACAAAUGGCCACAGAUGCUGAGAAGAUUGAACUGAAGAGGUUACAAGAGCCUUCUAUUGCUAAGUGUGUGCCAUCUCCUCAUCCUACUUUGUCCAGUUCAGCACAGCAGUCAGAAUCUCAAGAUGCCAUGGAAAUACUUCCUGAUUCAGACCUCAAGAAAAAGUCACUUGAUUCAUCAAAUGAAUCUGGCAAAAGGGAGCUCUCUGUCGUGCCUUCAGCCAUUGUAAGUGGCAAACCUGUUAUGCCUGUCAUUUCUGGAGAGACAGCGUCAGGGAAAACAGCAUCCGUUGAAACCACAAAUUUCCCAAGCACGACCUCGUCUGAAAAAGCUGCAGGGGUUGCUAGUGUGGGAACAAUGGAAUCUGGUGAAACAAAGGAAGAGCCUGUCCAGAAGCGACCAAAACCCAGUCUUCAAAGGGCCUCCAAGUUAAGGAACUCACUUCUCUUCAACUCACCUUUAGAACAGCACCGGUCUCAGUGGGAGAAUGAUCCUAGCGGGCAAAGUAAAACAGAUGACAGAUUAUCAGACCUACCCCAGGAUCCACAGGGACAGAGUGACAGAACCUUGUUUAAAAGACAGGCCUCAUUUCCAAUGGGAGAUAAACCUAACCCGGUUGAAUUUCAAUCUAAAGUAUUGCAGAAAGCCACAGCCAUGUUGGACUUGUCUAACCCAGAUAGCAGAUUGCAAUUCUUCAGAGAAUUGGCUGCUAAACGCAAAGGUGGUCGGAUGGCCGCGAUGUCUGCUGAGGGUGCCGAGACUGAGGACACCUUUGCAACUGAAGGAAAUAUUUCUGUAUCAGAACAGAGCACCAUAGACCCCCUCUCAAAGCCAUUACUUGCUGAAGCUGUGGCAUCACAAGUGCUAGAUGACAAUAUUAAAACACUUAAACCCCAAAGUGCUCCAGAAAGCCAUGAAACAAAGAAUUUGUCAGACAACUCUGAGGAGUGUAACCCCUCCAGAUCUGAGUUUGCCCAAACUGCCACAGACAGUGAGAAGAUUGAACGGAAGAAGUCGCAUGCGGCGGCAAAACUCCCAUGUACCCUCUCAACUAGUUCUGCUGAUUCAAGUUCAGCCUUACAAGAUACUCCCAAAGACGUAACCAUGUCCUGUGAAGACCAGGCAUCAAAAAAGAAAAUCUCAGAUUCAGAUGUAUCUACUAAGCAGGUUCCAGUAGACUCUAGUUCAGUGAGUUUUUCAAUAAAUGCUGGUAAGUCUACCCACAGCUCUACCUCACACCCAGUCAACUCUAUUUCAAAAGUUGAGGAUACUCAAGAAGAUAUUGGUUUAAACCCCAAUAACAAAACAGUAGACUCAGACGCUUCCUCUGUCUGCUCAAUAGAAAUGGGUUCAGGGACAGACUGCUUUGCAACAGCUCCUAGCUCACCUUGUACUCCCACCCCAACUGACUCAUUCCCAGUGAAUCAAAAGGAGUCUAAAUUAACUGUUGUAUCUCCUACUGUAUCUCCUACUCCUACUUUGCCUCAAUCUUCUUCCAUCAAAACUAGCUCACCUCAAAGAAUCUCUUCUACCGACACUAGAUCGGAAUUAGAGAAAUGCAGUUUGGCAAGUCAUGCUUCAAACACAAAACCUUCCUCAUUGUCAUCAUCUUCAGCCAAAUCUAGGUCAGUAACUGAACCUGAUUCAACAGAGCACCAGUUACCUACAGUCUCCUCCCCUACACAGUCCCCAAAAGGGGAUUCGCAUCCUCACAUACCUGUGAAAGAAAGUUAUGCUCCAGACAUGGUCAAAGCUGAGGAUACCCCACCCUCCCCGACACCAUUAACAACUCCAGACAUCAACACUGUUGAUCCUCCUAUUAAAACUGACUGCAGUCUGGUUUCAGUUUCUUCCCCAACCAAACCCUGUUCAACAGCUGUAGUUUCCCCAUCAGAAUCCAAAUCGCCACAAGCUAGGGAUAGCAUACCUGGGACAACCCAAGCAAGCCCAACUUUGAGCACUUGUGGAUCAACAAAAACAAAGCAAAAACAAAACAACAAAUCAAAACUAAAAAGACAAAAUAGCCAGUCCCGAAUUUCUUCCCCACUAAAAUCUACUCCACCAAAAAUGGUUCCCGCAUCAGAGCCGAAAUCACACUCUGAUAUUAAAAUAAAAGAGAAAAGUUCUGCUUCAGCGUCUGUUAAAACUGAGGAAGGUGUUUCCGUCACUGAUGCAUCAGCAAGUCCAGCAACUACAACUGACUCUAUUUUAUCUCCAGUUUCCACCACAACACAGACUAAUCCAAUGACAAAUGUUGCUCCAACAGAAAACAGAUCAUCCCCUGAGACCAAAAUAUCAGAGACAAGCCCAGCUGUUUCAGAAGGAACUUCAUCUUCACAUGAUUCCUCAGCAAAAACAAUUCCAGUAGUAGGAAGUCCUACUCCAAAUAUAACCCACAGUGAGGGUUGUUUUUCACCAAAGGCCAUCUCUAUCACCUCUAUCAUGAAUCUCUAUAAGUCAAUUCCAGUGAGUCCAACAAUUGGCACAAUGGACAGUCCCACAAAAUCUCAUUCAAAUGCACAUCCUGUGUCUUCCCCUAUUAACAGUCCAAUGGCUGAGGUUCCCCCAACAAAGUUAACUUCACCCAGUGAUGUCAAAACAUUGGAGUCAAGUCCACUUUCAGAUCCUGGCCAAACUGACAGUAGCCUUUCGCUGAUGGCAACAACAGACCCCCUUGCCAACCCUACGGCAACAGUAUCCAAGGUAACAGCAAGUCCAGGCCCUGAAAUACCCACAUCUGCUGACCCUCCUCAUGCAGAGGAGCCUACUUCAUAUCCAGUUGUGAGCAUCUUAGGAGGUAGUUUUAGUUCAGAACGUACUAUAGCAGAACCAGCACCGACUACAGAUGAAUCUGCUGACACAACCUCAAGCACUGAUGAAGCUGUUGCAAAGAGGCCGCUUGAAAUAGAAGAAAAAGAGGUGGUUGGGGAUCCUCCCUCAGCAAAUGUGGUCAAGCUGCCUGAAGUGUCACCUACAGAUGAGCUUGGCACCCCCACAUCUCAAGACACCAAAGAUGCUGUCACCUCACCAAGUGCAGAGGACUCAAAAGAGCAAAAUUCUCCCUUUGCAGAACCACAAAAGUCUCCUUCUGCAGAACCGACCAAAGGUCAUCCCAGUCGUUACCAUUCAUCGACUGCCAAUGUACUGUCUUGCAGCAACCUCAGAGAUGACACAAAAGUUCUUCUGGAGCAGAUAUCAGCCAAUAGCCAAAGUCGAGCAGCCAAGCAGAAUCUUUCAGCCACAGAUGACGCUAAAGAAGACGAAGUGAAGGCACCCAAAGAUAAAAGCAACCAAAGUUUAACCAGCAAACUCCAAUCCUGGAACUCUCACCUGAGUGAAAAGGAACGUGAUAGGUUAAUAACUGCUAUGGAGAGCAAGAGAAAGGAAAGAAGAGUCUAUAGUCGCUUUGAGGCACUGUAGCUUUAAUGGAAUGUGAGGAAGAAGGGAUGCAGAAGACAAUUCAGUUCCCGGAGCCUGAUUGGACAAUGGAUCAGUAUGGUAAAGCUCAUGUAGUGUCAUAGGGAUUGAACACAUGUGGAACAUGUGAUGGUGUAUGUCAUACAAGUGCAGAAGAAUCAGUGUCGUCUCUUCAUUGGGAAUCACUUGGUUGCUUCUCUCAAAGUCCUCAGAACUAUGUCAAAAUUGGGCUGAAUUGAGAGUCUGGUGACCUGUUUUGUGUUAUAGAACUGAAACUAAAAGUGUUAGAUUUAAAAAAAAAAAAAAAAAAUCUAUAAAAGAUGUUUGUACUGUUCUGAUGAAUGAUGAAUACCAGAAAUACAAAAGCAAUAACAUGUAAUCAGGGAUUCAGGAUAUUGCUUUCUAAUCCCUAAUGGCAAUUUUUUAUCCUUGUUUGUGAAGAAAGGCAAUGAAUGUAUCCACUGUGGCUGGUCCUAAUGUUGAUCUGUGAGAGAAUGAUGUCACUGAUGCAAAAAUCAGUAGGCCUACUGUCGCCAAUCAGUCAAUCUGUUGCCAUUGUCAGCUGGUCUCAGUCUUAAUGUGAGAGUUAAGUUGUAAAUGGAAGUGAAUUUAAAGAUCCUAUAUGAGCAAUUUUAGAUGGUCUCUUUUUUUGUUGAUAUACUGUAGGCCUAUGUUUAUUUCUAUACAGUGUACUCACAGAAUGACCAAUUAGUGGAUUGUGAGGAGAUACAAAAGUGUUAUAUUGGAAUCGCUUACAAUGUCUUUAAUGAACAAAACACUGAAGUGUGUAAUGAACAAAGCUGAAAAGUGUAAAGCUUCUUAAAAACCUAUAUAAAUCUGUAUUCAUGAUUUCAUCAGGUCCCUUUCUACAGGUGGAGAAAAUCAAGCACCUAGAUUAUGAAUCCAGACUUCAUGGUGUUUGAUUAACCUACCUGUGGAAAGAGACCUGGUAAAACCCAUGAAUAGGAUACCAUAGUAUUUAUCCUCUGUUAUUUCAUUUAGGUGUUUGAAAAAAUAGACUGGUCUUCUAAAAUAUUUUUUCACGGUGUGAAGUUAAAUGCUUCAGUUACAUGCUCGGUGUAACAAUCACAGUUAUGUGCACAGCUCAUGACAUGGGAACUACUCUGUACACAAGCGUUACUGUCACUUUACUUAAUCACUGUCACUUUGCUCUGUAUUUUUUCUAUUUCUGUAUCAAUUCCAAGGAGAACGAAACACUACACCACAUCCUGCUUUGGUGUUGAUGGUUCUAGCAAUUUAAAUAAAUAUUUAUAUAAUUCCAUGUGUACAUAUUAAAAGAGUUUGGGAAAUAUACCAUAUUCCUUAAUAAAAACAUAACCUGAAUGGAACUA